AUUACUGGGCUAAAUAUGCUCCUUUUUUGCAAUUGCCAGCUUGAAAAGCUCAUAAAUGCUAAUUCAACUGAGGUUGAUUGGGAACGUUCCUUCUAUUUGAAUUUAGUCGCUCACACGUCAUAUACUGUCACAGUGGCAUUGUGCAGUAUCAGCAAUCUUCGCAAUCGUGCAGACAAAAGCAAGCGGUUGCCUCCAAUUUACAAGGUUUCAAAAACUGUAUAUGCAUCCCCUAGCCGUGUAAAUUUCCGCCUUGAUCAAAGAAAGGCUGUAGAGACAGUACCUGCAUAUCCGAACAUUUAUUUCUCAGUUGAUGACUUCGAUGAUCCUUUUGAUGCUGUGGUUUUGUCAGACCCAGAACACUGCUAUUGUGUGAUUCUCAAUGCGCAUGAUGGGGCAGCAUUUCCUGAAGAAAGCGAAUCAAGCAAUGUCGGUUCAAAUACAAUCUGGGAUCAACUCUGGGAGCAGUGGAGAGAACCCACCAAAGGUUCACUCUCUUCCUAAAUGAAGGUUUCAUCG